AUGGACCGGCGGGGGAUAACCCGGUCCCCGCAGAACGGAGGAUCCCAAGCCCCUAGCCCCUCGACUGCAUCCACGGCCUUCCUAAGCAAGGAGGGAGAGGGGACCUCCAAGAUGGUGGACUCACCAGACUCAGCAAUGCUACACGAGCAACCACCUAUCAGACGGGGUGCAGACACCAAAGCGAGAGACUCAAUCAACAUAAUAUUUGACUGGUUUUGGGCUAAACUACUGGCACGGUUACAGUCAAUUGAACCAAGUCAUACAGAGACUAAAAUGCACAGAGCAAGCAAAGGGAAGACCUGGGAAACCUCCUCAAGAUGUAUAGGAGCCUUCAACUACAACUUCCCGAAGCCGGGGCCCUCCCGGGUGGAGAGCAACAGGGGUCGAACCCCAAAGAGGCCAACCACACCAGCGGAGGGCAGAAAAAAGAAAACAAAGACAGAUGACCACAGACCACUGCACCAUUCCAGCAGGGACGACCCUGGGCCGCAUAGGAACCUAGGCUCAUGGCACCAGGCCACCAGCUCUCGCAAAGGACCGGGGCAGAAGGGUACAAGCGGCAAACCACAGACCCAUAUGACCCUCAGGAACACUAAACUCAGGUCCACACGGGAAACACCGAGACAGGGGCGCGCCAGUUUGGGCCCCCAAUGCAGCCUGGAAUAA